AUGGAUGAAUAUCGAGAAUCUCAAAAGAAAAGAGUUCAAGAGGCAUUAGAUAUGGGUGAACUUGAAACUGGUAGAGGCUUGCAUCAAGAAUUUGGUCUUACUAGAGCUUGUGAUACUCGUUGGGGAUCCCACUACAAAUCUUUUAGUAACUUUAUUAUUAUGUUUGGUUCAAUUGUUGAUGUACUUAAUGAUAUUGUUGUUGAUUCACAUUGUCCAAAUAAAAGUGCCAAGAAAAAAGAGCAAGAUAUCGUAAAUGCCAUGCUACUUGUUCAAGUAGCAAAGAAAAGGUUGCAAAAGUUCAGAGAGGAUGAAUGGGGUUCGCUUAUUGAUAAAGUAUCUAAAUUUUGUAUCAAGUAUCAAAUUUUGAUACCUAAGUUGGAUGAGCCGUACUUUACCUCUUUGAGAUCACGACGUAAACUUGCUGGUUGUACUAUCUCACACCAUUAUUACGUUGAAGUGUUUUGCAAAGUUAUUGAUUGGCAAAUUCAAGAGCUUUCUUAUCGUUUUGAUGAAGUAACGACUGAUUUGCUUCAUGGAAUUGCUUGUUUAAAUCCAAUUGACUCAUUUUCUAGUUUUGAUCUCAGGAAAAUAAUGAGAAUGGCUGAACAUUAUCGUGAUGACUUUGAUGAAUUUAGUAUGGGGGUUCUUAAGAAUCAACUUGCGAGUUACAUUAUUGAUGUUCGUGAUCUUGAUGAAAGGUUCUCCGAUCUAAAAGGACUUUGUGAUCUUUCAAAAAGAUUAGUUCAGACAAAGAAGCAUUCAAACUACCCUCAUGUAUUCCUCUUAGUGAAACUUGCCUUGCUCUUGCCAGUUGCCACUGCAUCCGUUGAAAGAACUUUUUCGACAAUGAAGUUUAUCAAGAAUGACUUGCGGAGUCGAAUGAAUGAGAGUUAUUUUAGUGAUUGCUUGGUGCCUUAUAUAGAAAAAGAUGUGUUUAAUAGGAUUUCUAAUGAUGUUAUUAUAAAAACAUUUCAAGGAAUGAAACCUCGUCGUGUACAGUUGUAG